AUGGACGAUCGAUACGCAGUCAAGCAUGUGCCGCACACCUGCCUGCCUGCCAGCGUUCUGCAUGGCAGUAGACAGCACAAGCCCACAAACGUGCUGCAAGCCCUGCUGCGCUCCAGAUUGCGCAGUGCUGCGGCACCCGCAUCCCGCCAGCGCACUUUCACAACUGCUGCAGCUGCUGGGGCAGCCCCUGCAGGGCAGAUCCCGCCGCAGGAGCAGGCGUCCAUGGAGGCUCAGGCGCACUGGGAGGGUGUGCUGGGGGGCGUGGAUCGGCCGGCGGCGCGCGAGAUGAUGGCUCAGCUCGACCUGCGCCAUCUGCUGGGCCUGGCCGGGGGCACCACCUACGGCCGCGGCCGCAAGGCCCCCCUGCUGCCCUUCUUCACCUCUGUCAAGCGCGAGCACCCCACCAAAGUCCUCCUCGUGCGAGUGGGUGAAUUUUAUGAGACCAUGGGCACGGACGCGGUGGUGCUCAUGCAGUGGGCCGGCCUUAAUCCCAUGGGCGCCGGCAACCCCCCUCGCGCCGGCUGCCCGGCCGCCAACAUCCGCCGCACGCUGCAGUGCCUCGUGCAGGAGGCCAACCUCUCCGUGGUGGUGUGCGAGGAGGCGCCGGAGCCGCGCUCGUACGGGUCAAGGACGAAGCAGAAGCAGCGCUUUGUGGCGGGCAUCGUGACGCCCGCGCAGCCGCACUACCUGUAUGGGCUCCUGGACGCCAAUAUGGACCCCUCGCUGGGGGGCACGCCUCCCAUCCUCGCCAUUGCCGCCUCCGCCGGGGGCUACAAGGCGCGCAUCCUGGCCUCCCCCUCCUUUCUGUGCAACAUGCAGAGUGGUGUUGCUCUGUUGUGUGAGGCGCCGUGGUUGGACCUGCAACAGGUGCUGGAGGUCCAGUCGGACAUGAUGACAUGCGCCAUCACAGAAGGCCUCACCGAGGACGCAGUCUCUGCUCGCCUGCACCAAGGCAUGUUCCCACCUCUAUCCAAGACCCAUCACCUCUGGAAUCAGUUUGCAGGACCCUGCACAAGGAGCAGAUGGGGACUGUCGCCGCCGUUGUACAUCCACUCAAGCGUGGAGGGCAGUCUGCAGGGGCGCUUGUCUGAGGGCAGCGUGGAGUCCGAGUGGGAGCAGCGCGUCGUCCAAAUCUUCCGCUCCCAGGUGGGGAUUGUGAAGCGAUAUAAUGCGAGGGAUGCAGAGGAGGGGCUGCUGACGCUACUGCGCCGCGAUUUGUGUAUGGAUGCAGACGCGCCCUUCACUCGCAUCGCUGCCAGACCGGGCGAGAGGCCGAAGCCCUUGUAUCACAGCACAGCGAGCCAGAUGGGGCUCCAUAAAACCAAAGGCAUCCCCAACCUGCUGGACUAUGUCCUCCCGCGCAAUGCACCCCAGGGGGCGCGACGAUGGCUGCAGCGCCUCUUGCUACUGCCACCUACACCAGGAGUGGCCGCCGCUUCGUGGCAGGCGUGCAACUUCUUGUCAGAAACGGUGGUCCCGCUCCCACACUGGACGAUCCUGGAUGCUUCAAAUAUCACGCUGAAGCUCAAGAGCCAGCAGGCGACGCGCAGCUUCUUUUGCGAUCUGGCAGCCAUGCUCAGCUCUGUCGCGGACGGCGCUGCAGACCCAGAGCUGCGGCGUCUGAUGGAGUGCCUGCUGGUGGUGGCCCAGGCCGAGACGCGGUUCGGCUCUGAUCUCGACGGCCUCAUACGCGCCUGCAGGCUCGCUGUGAAGGAGAUCGAUGUGGUUGUCGACCGAACGUCAUGCGGCCGUUCUGAUCGGAGUGACAGCGGCGGCGGAGAGGUGGAUGGAGGUUUGGAGGUCAUUGGGCGGCUCUUCACAGCAAAUGAGGGGUUUCGCGGACAGAUCAGGGACGACCAGAUGGAGCAGUACAUUGCUGAGGUGGAGGCCGCUGGGUCGCGGCUGGAAGCAGAGCUGGGGCGGGUGCUGAGCGAAUGCAUGGGCGCCUGGGAGGCAGCGAGCAGCCUUGCAGCGCUGCGGCCUGUCACCGUCUACGACCCCGUCAACGUUGCUGUCUGGCUCAAGGCCAUCGCCAAGUCGCCGGUGCACAAGGAGGCAAGCCGGCUGGGGUUGAUCCACCCACGCGACCGCAACGGCUCCCUGGUCACCGACCGCUUCUCCACGCCGGAGCUGGAGGCUGCGCUGGAGGCGUACCGCUCGGCAUGCACGGCAGCCGUCGACCACGUGCGGGACCGCCUGCGCACCCUGGCCGCCAGCCUCACGGCGAUGCUGCCGGAGCUGGUGUGUGCGUCGGUGGUGUCGACAAUCGGCGCGGCGCUGGAUGCACACGUGCGGCAGGCGCGCGAACGGCAGUGGGCGCAGCCGCAGCAGCUGCCGCGCGUGCACGACGAUGCCCCCCGGCCCGCCAUGCAGGUUGAGGGCAUGUGGCCCUACUGGCUGGACGGCGCAGCGCCCAGCACCGUGCGCAACAGCUUCGCAAUGAACUCCAUGCUGCUGCUUACUGGGCCCAACAUGGCCGGGAAGAGCACGGUGAUGCGCGGGACGAUGGCGGUCGCGCUGUUGGGCGCAUGCGGCCUCUUCGCGCCGUGUGACGCGGCCGCGGUGCCGUACAUUGACGCCUUCAUGCUCCGCACCUUCUCCGCGGAUGCCCCCGUUGAGGGUCUGUCCUCCUUCGCCAUUGAGAUGACCGAGAUGCGGUAUGUGCUGGAGGACGCGGGUGCUGAUGCGCUGGUGCUGGUGGAUGAGUUGGGGAAGGGCACGGAGGUGCGCGCGGGCGCUGCGCUGGCGGCCGCCUUCUUGGAGCGCCUCACUGCGCUGCGCUGCAAGGGCAUCUUCGCCACGCACCUGCACCCGCUGCUGGAUUUGGAGCUGGACGCGCCCGGGCUGCGUCGCAUGAAGAUGGGGACGCAGUGGGAGGAGCGUGAGAAGCACUCGCCCCAGAGCUCCGAGCUGGACGCCCUCAUAGAGGCGCAGACCCACUCUACCGCCACCGCUCCACGCGGGAGGCGGCAGGUGCCCACAUGGCGCAUGGAGGAGGGUGAGUGCCGCGACAGCCUGGCCAUGGAGGUGGCCGCACAGUGCAAGCUGCCGCCAGACAUCGUGGCGCGCGCGUCCCACCUCUACAAUGAUGCCAGAAAUUGUGCCAUAGAGGAGGAGAAUAGCUUGGCCACAAAUGGCAACGACAGUCUGCAAGGGAUUUCCUUGGAUGACCUGACAGUCCAGGUGCUAGGAGCGGGGAAGGUGCCGCCGCCCAGCACGGUGGGCUGUAGCUGCGUGUAUGUGGUGCGGCGCGAAGACGGCUUCUUCUACUGCGGAGAGUCUGACGACAUCAAAGGGCGGUUGGCGAGGCACAGGCGAGCAGGGCCUGUCAAGGGAGGCAGAACUAUGGAGGCGGUCUACAUGGCAGUGCCUGCUGGGCUGGCGGGAAAGAGCGCAGCCGCGGCAAUAGAGGCAAGGGCGAUUCGGGAGAUGCGGGAUGCAGGAUUCCCUCUGAUCUCGGACCAUGAUGCGCGCACCAAGCGCACACCUGAGCAGCGGUUAAAGCAGGCCGUGGCUGCCUGA